AUGGACCAUUCACCUCUGCUGUGCACUGGUAACCCCCAAUUAACAGCUGCAGCUUCCAGCAGCAACGCGGCCGGCAAAAGAGUUGCUUGUAGUCCACCUCCAACCUCAGACGAUGAAAUCGACACCGUCAGGGCACCUCGGGAGGAACCACGUCAACGUGCUCCAGUGGUCAACCUUCCGGAGGACGAUGCUCCCGCACCCCCGGAUUUCUCGUAUGUGUUGGACCCCAGGAACAAGGACCAGAUUCUCAAACACACCCACCAUCUUUUCCCAGAGGCAAAGAAGCUUGUUCCGUCGGGUUCCAAUUUCCGUACUUGGCUCAUGAAAAUGGAGGAGCUUGCGGAUUUUGCUCUGGACUACCGCAAUUUCUAUUUUGAAGAUUUCUCUCGUCACCCGGUCGAUCAUAUCACUUGUGUUAUCUUUUGCAUAGCCUUAUCCGAUGAAAUCAAGGAAGACAUCAAUCAUCGUGAUUCCUGCUACGCCAUCAUGAUUUCUAUUUGGCGCCGUUUUACGACUUUCAGUCGCGCAGCUCAGAUCAACCGAUGGGCCGCUUUAAAAUCAAUCUCGUGUGAUCAACAAACUCCAGCAACGACCAUAGCAGCCACUUAUCGCAGACGUCUAUUGGAUCUUAAGGAGUCCGGCGCCGCUCUGACUCAGGAUUCGAUUUUCGGCAUGAUGCUCCAAGAUUCGAUCGCGCAAGGCUCCCCUUUAAGACAAGAAUUCGAUUACAGAGUAGAUCAAGAACUAGCAGCGCGUCGUCAAAUCCCGCUGCUAUUCGUUGAAAUGAUCGACUUAUUGAACGAUUGUCAAGAAAAAGUUUGUGGUCGGGAAGCGGCUCACCGAGUUUCAGUACCCCCUUUGACUUUUGAAGCUGAACCGAAUCCGACGGCGUGUCGUAGCAAUUCCAUAGAAAGUCACCCAGACAAUGUCUACACGAUGGCCACUCGCCCCUUGAAGUUCAAGAAUUCGACCACUCAAGCCAGGAACUGUUUUCGCUGUGGUUCCGGCAGCCAUCUAGUUGGUACCUGUCCCGUCCCUGAAUCAUCUUCGAAGUCUUUGACAGCAAAUCAUCAGACUCAGAAUCGUUUGCAAACGCCCCAGUAUCAGGCGUACUAUCCAAUUCUCGCUCCGCCGGUUCCUGGCUACGGUUUCCAACAGUUCUAUCAACCAAUAGGUUUUCAACCCCGCCCUGCAGCUCGUGAAGCUUCAGCAGAAGUACCACCCGAUGUACCUCAGAUGUUUGUCAUGCAACCGGCACCACCGAUGUUUGCCAUGCCUCAAGACCCAUCUGCAAUGUUCAACAUGCAGCCCGCCCCCCACAUGUUUGCAAUGCCUCAAGACGCGCCCACGGCAAACAACAUACAACCAUCGGCACAGAUGAUCGAGAUGGAUUGUGAUGUUGGUGCAGCUCAGCCGUCGUUUGGUAAUCUAUUGUUCACGGCUGCGUCCCCGGCUCCCUAUGCAGACAGUCCUGCAAUCUUUGACACCGGAGAAACUCAUCACCUGACCAGUGACAGACGAUUUGGACACGCGAGUCUCAGGACUAUCCGGCGAAUGAUGGCUCUUGGUGUGGCUCUAGGCCUCCCUAAAACGCUACCUCGGGGGGACAUUCAGUGCCCCUCCUGCAUGAUCUCUAAAAGUGUAAACCGGAAUACCUUGACUUCGGAUCGUCGUGACUUCCAGCCCAUGGAUGCGUGGAACGUCGACUUAGUUGGCCCUUUCGAGCUCCCGGCACUCGGUGGCGGCUUGUAUGUGAUAACUAUCCGCGAUAUCGGUUCUGGUUACGCAGAAGUAAAAGUCCUAGUCAAGAAAAGCAAAGCUUGCGGGGUUCUCCAAGAUACUAUCUUACGCCUUGAGCGCCGUACGGGUCGUCCUCUGAAAAUUCUACGUUCUGAUAAUGGCGGAGAAUUCAACAGCAAACUAUUAGGCGAUUUCUUGGCAGCAAAGGGAAUCACCACGGAACAAUCUGUUGCGUACCACCACUACCAGAACGGCACCAUCAAACGUUUUAAUCAAACCCUCCAAGAUAUGGGUCGCACUAUUCUGUUGGACAGCACGCUCCCCAAGGAAUUCUGGGGGUGGGGAUUUUGGGUCCCGGAUCUCGGAUCCUAUUGCCAUUCGGCGGUUGCUACAUUUCCUGAUUUUCCUAGCUCGAUCUCAUCGUCACCGAGUUUCUCUUUUGCCGAUACCUUAGUUCUGCAACUGGGACGCUUUGAAGACAAAGAGCUUGUUCAAUCACAAGACAAAAUGGUUGAAUUCAUCUGUAACUGCGUACCAGAAAUCCUUGACGCAUUGGUUCCCGCUACCUUUAAACAGGCAGCAAAAGAUGUAGACAGUAAGAAAUGGCUCGCUGCCAUCCAGGAAGAGUUGUCCAAUCUUCAUCGACUAGGCGUUUGGUCAAUCAAACCGGUUCUGAAGGGUACUAAGAUACUCCGUGUUAAAUGGGUUUUUGCCAGGAAGCUUUUGGCGACUGGCGUUGUACUCCGAUUCAAAGCUCGGUAUGUGGCAAAGGGUUUCGCACAGAUAGAAGGACAACACUUUAAUGGCACUUUUGCACCUACGGCGACUUUUGUCUCUAUGCGCCUUGUGUUGUCGAUUGCAGCUAUGAAUGGAUGGCCGGUCCAUACUUUUGAUUUUGUGGCGGCCUAUCUUAACUCUCCUCUAGAUGAAGAGGUUUGGGUCGCCCCUCCUGAUGGACUCGAAGUUGCUGCUGGGCACGCCUGCCUAUUACACAAAGCUCUCUAUGGUACUCAACAGGCGGCGCGCUGUUGGUGGCAGCACCUGUCGGCAACUCUUGGCAAACUUGGGUACGAAAGUUCCCAAUUUGAUAACAGCGUCUAUGUACUUCGCAGACGUGAUGGACCUUCUGUUAUCUGGAUACACGUGGACAAUGGGAUUGUCACUGGUUCUUCCUCUCAGAUCCUGCGGGAACUGGAGUCGGCGCUAUCGGACAGUUUGGAAAUUAAGUGGUCUUCUUCGCUAUCCGACAUCGUUGGGCUCAAGGUAUCUCGUGACGCAUCUGGUUUCAGCCUCGGCCAACCUAAGCUUGUAUCUGAGCUCCUCUCUUUGCACUGGGAUGGUGCUAGUCAUGCCAAGACGCCUCUACUGGUCGGGAAUCUGCCAUUAUCUUGCACGGACGGCCCGGGUCUAGAACCGUCUAACAACGAGGGACCAGCAGUUGUUACUCAAACCGAAUCCCGCUAG